CCUCUACUGACCACAAUUACCAGGACACACUUCUUAGCAGUAUCUAAGACCUAUGAAUUUAUGUCGCUCGUUGAGAUUUCUGGCUCGUCAUUCGAUGUUGCACAUACCUUACAAACGGCUUCGACUGCUUCUAAAGUUUUUGAUAUUUUUUCUAUGAUUUAGAAUUUGUCACGCUCACCACGAACAAGGCCAGACUGCGAUUGGCGCCGGUAGCUUGGAUAUCAUGAAGCAGCUAUUCUAUUGCACGACACGCCUGGCCUUUCUUUUGCCAUCAUGGUGGCUGUAUUGUUCGACAUUACUUCCAGUCCUCGAAAAUGUCAACGAGAACACUUCGGCAAGGACCCAGGCGUUUUUUUGCAAUGCGAUGCAAAUCUAUCCCACUUGUUCCGGCAGCGCUCCCCGUCCUCGCGGCACUCGCCAGCUUUCGGCGCCCACCGACGAAGAUAUCGCAGCAACGUCGGGCCGCCGCCAGCCUGUCAAAUCGCACCAGAUGAAUACAGUGGAACCAGCGAACUCGCACGAGCACGUGGGCCUCCAGCAAGACACUUUUGAAGUCGUGCGCGACCUACUCCUCCCGUUCCUGGAUGGCAAGCGCAUUCCCGCUGCAGCAGCGAUCAAUUGGAAGGUGGAUGCUCGCUCCGGAAUCGACAUCGGUCGGCUCGUGCCGCCGGAAGAUCCGAUAAACGUCGUGAAGAUGAUGUCCACGUUUGCAAAUCACUACGACUGCGGGAAGAUCCGCACCGCCCCGCGGAGUCGCACACUUCUAACGGAGGGUAAAGACUACAGCAAAAAUCCAAGCCGCAUGCUUCUUGAGUCACGCGCUUUGAUGGCGAACGUAGAAGACCGCCUUCUACGAGUGCACUCUGCUGAGGACACCAUUGCGAUCCCGGUGAAGGAGAUUGUUUUGGUUAUAGGUUCAGGGGAGCUGCUGGAGCCUCCGCGUCCGUCGGGGUCAGAAGAGAGUGGAGCUGUUCCACAAAUUCAUGCGGCCAAGCGUUCUGCCCAUGAUCGGGGCAAAAAAAUACAAGAAAGAGAGGCUUUGGCACUCUCAACAGAGGAGCACUAUACUCGUUCCGGUGGGCAGGAAGUCCAAGUUGUCUACCGAGGAGUUGAUAUACUUCUGCAAGACGGAUCGUCUGUCCAUUUUGACGUUCACAGUGCCCUGGAUUCGCCGUUUGGAUGGCAAGCUUUGCGUCCGUGUCCGUACACACCGAUGGUGUUUCCGCUUGCGGGUGCUGAGGAAAGACGUUGCGGUGCCCAAAUGUGGGUCAACUUUUCGUAAAAACAGAACGCGGGCCUUCAUUUUCCAGAGGAUUACGGUCGUGGAAGCCGAAGCUAUGGUAGGAGCAUGAAACAAGUAGCCGCUCGCGGGUGGGUCCCGCUCCCGAUUCGUGGUCCCGCGCAGAUGCCUCCUGUUUUUUUUUCAUAGAUGUGCGCUAAAUAAGUUUUCAAUCAUGGCAUGGGUUUUUCUACAGGAACAAGGCACCGCGAAUGCGGUCGUUACUUGAAUCCCAUACGACAUACUUACGCGACUGGUUCUACAUGUGAUCAGGCUGGAUUUUCUGCUCUCACUAGACACCGACCGAUUAAGAUUCCGGAGAGCCGCCUCGUCAAAACCGUACUUGUGUCUACCAGUGGACAAACUUUUACUAAACCAUUUCUUUUGCCAACACUUUUUCGACUGCAAAACGACCCCGUCACCCUAGUACCGCGAGCGAUUUGCGCUGACUCAAGCAACAUACUGUGGAUCAGAUCAAUUAUGGAGUUGUGCUAACUCUGACAUGAAUAGUUGUAAGUAGUUGCAACCGUCAACCUGUAUCUGUAAGCGAAACGCAUUGCGA